AUGAGUGCUGCCGGCACUGGGGAGCUACGGUUCAUUGAGGGACACAUGAAUUCCAACAUGUACCGUGACUUUCUGAAGCAGAGCAUGAUCCCCUCCCUUAGGAAACUGCGCCGCAUGGCAGUUUUCCAACUCGAUAACGACCCCAAACACACCUCCAAGAUGACAACUGCCUUGCUGAAGGAAAGAGAGUCAAGAUUGAUUGACCUCUUGAGCAGACUUGGCCUUCAUCAUCAACACAAACUUACAGCAGCACAUUUUCUUGAAAUAACUCCUUCAUCAUUACAUAAUGAGGAGCCCAGCGAAGAAAAGGAAUUGGCUCACAUAUUCAUGAAACGGCUUUUGACUACAGAUUAUAGAGCAAGAAACAUCUUUGUCAAAGCUGAACGACUAAUACCGAAGUUUGGAAAAGAUUUUGGUGCUCUUUUUAAAAAACACACUGAGAGUAAAGGAAAGAAACAGGUCCUUAUUCACCCUAUGGAUGUUCAGAUGGCAGUGUUUCUCUGUGCAGAUCCUUUUCUUCAACAGACCAUGGUAACUAAGCUCUCUCAGUGUCAGUAUUCAGUUCCUUUGUUGGUGCCCAAUCCUUUUUCUGGAGAAAUUCGAUUUCCUCUGUGGACAAUGCGACAAAUCAGUAAGAGCUGGAAGACCACUGAUGUUCCAGAAAAGAAAGUCAUCAGCAAGACCCUGCCCAUAUGGAAGGCUCAAACUCCAAUGGUGGCAUUCUUCAGGAUUGGUUCUAUUUCCUCAUCUAAAUCUCAACUGAUGAACAGGCUGAUCAAUGAGAAGCACAGCACAUUCUUCCACAGGAACUGUCGAGGCAGCAGCAGAGAUCGUCUACUGAUGGAUGGAGUGGUGGAGAUUGCCUGGUACUGUCCAUCUGGGAAAAGCACUGAUCAUUUCACUGACUGUGUUGCGUUCUGUAAUCUGCAUGGUGAUUCCAGCAGAAACGUGACUCAAAGAAAGAUUCUUACUGAAAUGGCCUCAGUAAAUGUAGUACUUUUACCCAAUCUUGAUGAAAAUGACAACAAUAUGGUAAUUCUACAGAAUCUGUUUGAGUCCUCAACUCCUCUCAUUGUUAUUCUUACUGAUGAAGAGGAUGAUAAUGAAGAUACUGUGUGUGAGAUAGGAGACAGAAAAUACAAGCUGGCACUGAAGGGCAGAAAUCAGUCUGAAGUUUCUGUUGCACUUAGAGAAGUUAUCAAGAACUGCAUCUUUCAACAACCUGUGACUUUCAAACUUGAGAAUGUAGCAGAAAAUGAAGAGGUGAGGUUAGAUGAGAAACAUGAAGGCUGUGAAAGAGGAAAGGAAGCUGCAUGGCAGGUAAGGAGAUUCUUACAGACAGAAGAUCCAUCUACAGUGAAGGACAAAUAUCUGCCCUGCCAGGGAAAACUGUGGCGUGAAUGGUGCCAAAAAAACAAAGACUUACAACGUCUGCAAAGUCACAACAUAGAAGCAGAGAAAAGCAAAAAGCAAGAAGAACUGAGAGAAAUAAGAAAGAAGCAGCAGAGAUAUGGAUUCAGUGAACUGAUGGGGUUAUUUGUUGGAAGUUUAAGAUCACUGUCAGACAGUGAGAAAAUGUAUUUCCUCAAGUGGACUGCAAUUUUGCUGGAUGACUUCACUUCAGAGAAACUGUCUACUAUCCAUCAGGAGUAUGACCAAAAAUGGGCAGAAGUGUUGACUUUGAAAAAAAAGCAUGACAAAUUUGAGGAACAAAAAGCUAAACAAACAAACCUUGAACAAAACUCAGGCAAACUGACUAAUGAGCUCUCAAAGAAUUUACCUUUGGAACAGGACAAAAUAGAUAAACUGAAAGCUGAACAAUCAAACCUUGAACAGAUUUCAAACAAGCUUUAUGCCGCCACCUUUGGUUUAGAGCACAUGCUGAGAGAGAUGGGUCAGAUUUAUGAAGCCUCAGUCUCUGAGAAACAGGGAAUGCAAAAGAAGGAGGAUGGAGAUCUUUCUUACCUGCCUAGACUUGCUGCUCAUCUCAUGAUAUCAGGGCAUCCAAUGGAGCUGAUGGAUGGAGAUGCAGCUCAUGUUCCUCUGGUCUGGGUUUCUGCUGUUUUUGAUGAGGUCGUCAACAAACUGGGAGAUCAGAGAGUUUUUGUGUUGUCGGUUUUGGGGAUUCAGAGUUCUGGGAAAUCCACUAUGCUCAAUGCCAUGUUUGGACUGCAGUUUGCAGUCAGUGCUGGAAGAUGCACCAGAGGAGCCUUCAUGCAGCUGGUCAAAGUGUCUGAAGAAAAAAAGAAAGAACUAAAGUUUGAUUACAUUCUCGUAGUUGAUACUGAAGGUCUUCGAGCUUUAGAGCUGGCUGGAAAAAACACCAUACAUCAUGAUAAUGAACUGGCAACAUUUGUAGUAGGUCUUGGGAAUAUGACAUUGAUCAACAUAUUUGGAGAAAAUCCAUCAGACAUGCAGGACAUCCUUCAGAUAGUUGUUCAGGCCUUCAUGAGGAUGAAGCAGGUCAAACUGAAUCCCAGCUGUAUGUUUGUGCAUCAGAAUGUUACUGAUAUUGCAGCUGGAGAUAAAAUUAUGGAGGGAAGGAGACGUUUACAGGACAAACUGGAUGAAAUGACCAAGUUAGCGGCAAAAGAUGAAGUACAUGAUGCUGAAUCUUUCAGUGAUGUUAUUGCAUUUGAUGUACAGAAUGAUGUGAAGUACUUUGCACAGCUCUGGGAGGGCAGCCCACCAAUGGCUCCACCAAAUCCCUGCUACAGUGAAAAUGUUCAAGAGCUAAAACAAGGCAUUCUCUCUCGUGCAUCAAAGACAAAUGCAAUGAAAUUAUCACAGUUUCAACAGCGAGUAAAGGACCUGUGGAAUGCACUGCUGAAUGAAAAUUUUGUUUUUAGUUUCAGGAACACACUAGAAAUAUCAGUGUACAGGAAACUGGAGGAGGAGUAUGAGAAAUGGACCUGGAGUCUCAGGAGUGCUAUGAUUAGUACUGAAAACAAAAUGCUUAACAGAAUAGCCAGUGGCAAAGUGGAAACAGUUGAAAGGCAAGAGCUUAUGAAAGAAAUGGCAGUGACCCUGAAGGACGUCCAGAUAGCAUUUAAAGCAUAUUUUGAAGAAGACAGUGAAAAGGAAACACUGAUUCAGUGGAAAAACAGAUUUCAGACACAAAUACAAAACCUCCAUGAUGACCUUGUAAAUGAGACAAAAAGAAAACUGGAUGACAACAUUCAACAGAAAAGCAUUCGAAAAAAUCUAGACAAGGAACUGGUGAACUAUGAGGAGAAACUCUUUGAAAAGAGCAAAGAGCUGGCACUGAAGCUUAAAGAAAAUGGCAAUGAAAAUGUAGAUCCAAAGUCAGAAUUUGAUUCAGUGUGGGAAAAGUGGGUCUCUGAAUUGGCUGAACAUGCUCCCAAAGUCAAAGAUGCUGACAUUACAAAUGAUGUGAUUAACAUUCUGGAAAAGUUUUAUGAAUCAAGCCUUGUUGUUCAUCGAAAAGAAUCUAACAAGUACAGAAUGAUUAGUACUGUUGCUGAUUACCAAAAUUAUGUUUCUGUGAAAAAAAAGAUUUUUGGACCUAUUCCUUCUUGGGAAAAGUCUCUUAAACCAGAAGAUCAAAAGUCAAUACUGGCGCUAAUUUCUAAGAUCAUUCAACAAACAACAGAGAAAGUGAAUUCAUUUCCAGUCUCAGUGCAGGGAUACAAUGCAGGUUACAUCCAAAACAUUGUACGUGAUGUCAAACAAAUAAUCACAGACUUUAGAUCAAAAUGUGAUUUCUUGGAGUUUAAGAAAGAGUUCUUUGUAGAUCUCUCUCUUUACGUGUGUGAACAGGCAGAGGUUCGCUUUGCAGAACUUCACAGAAAAUACAAGGAAACAAAUGAUCCACUUAUUUACUUUAAAAAGAAAAAGCCUGAGUACUUUAAAGUCUUUGAGAAUUACUGGAAAGGAGCAACAUCAGCAGCUGUGCUUGGAGACCGAAUCUGUAGUAAACUGAAAGAAACAAUCCUGCAGAGUGUGUACAACAUGACCGCUACCUUCAUUUGUGGACAAAUGAGAGGGAAGCCACCCUUUAAUGGAAACAGAGGUGAUCUGGAAAAACACAUUCUGAAGUCACUCGCAGAGCAGGAGGGGGAUAAAGAUGAGAAGUUUAAGAACUUCUUAACAUACAUACUCCAGCCUAAAACCCACUUUCAAAAUUUCAUCAAACAGAAGGUUAAAGAACACAUGGCUGCAGAAAACCCUCAAGCAGUUUAUGCAAUUAAAGAGCACAUCGAACACAAGCAGAAAAGUGUCAUAAUUGGGGCAGAAAUGGCAAAAGAUGAAGUGAAACUCAUCAAUGGAGAUGUAAAUAUGUGGUUGGACGUUUUUUCCAGCAGUCUUGUAGACGAGUUAGGAGAUACUAGAGUUCACCUGAGUGAUGAAGUCUCUAAGGAUGUCACUGAUUACGAUGUUCUUGUAGAUUUUAUCAAAAAAGAGCUCUGCAAUGUUGUUGAAGAGCUGAAAGGAAGCCUCAGUAAGCUUUCAGACUUAAAAAUGGAGAUGUUCAGAGAAAGACCUGAUGAGAUUAUGAUCAAACACUUCUGCAGGUGCUGCUGGGUGCAGUGCCCCUUCUGUGGAGCUAUCUGUACUAACAGCCAAGAAGACCACACUGGAGAUCAUCAUGCUGAUUUCCAUCGCUCAUCUGGAUUGACUGGAUGGCAUCACAGUUGUACUGAAGAACUGUGUGUGAAUUUUUGUACAACAGAAGUAGUGAGUAACAACCGUUUUCGCCCAUCCCAUAGUAGUGAGAAAUAUGUCCCUUACAAAGAGUACAGGACAGCUGGAGGAGAGUAUGCAAAGUGGAGCAUUUCAGCUGAUUUGUCCAAGCUGGCCUACUGGCAGUGGUUUAUCUGUAAGUUCCAGGAAAACAUUGAAAUGUAUUAUAACAAAACCUUCAAUGCUCAGGAGAUUCCUGCUGAAUGGAGAGAAUUCACUCAGUCGGAUGCAACUGAAAGCCUAGGAAUAAAUCAAUACAUCUGA